CAUCAUUGGAGAUCCUCAGCCGGAAGACUUGGCUCUGCAAGUGGCUGCUGUGCAGGUCUCUGAGGGAUCUGCUUCCGCAGACAUGGACAGUGGAAACAGCGCUCGGGGUCGAGGAUCCAGACAAAGCAAAGGGUGGAGGAAACGCUCAGACCAAUGGAGUGGGCCACCUCGCUGAGGAUCCCAGCAGCAUCCAGACGAGCACAAGCAGCAUGACGAAGAAGGUGGGCCCGAGGCCCAAACUUUCCAACAGGAAGCUGUCCCUCCAAGAACGUUCCUCCGGGAAUAACCUCGCUGCCCGUGGGGACCUACCAAGCUACUCCUACUCAACUGGACCUCUGUCAUCGGGAAGACGACUAACAAAUGAAUCUAGCCGGGUCAAUAUGGCUGACUCCCAGGACUCUGUGCGUUUGAACCAAUAUAAGCUGAAGACUGAGAUUGGCAAGGGAUCCUAUGGAGUCGUGAAGCUGGCCUACAAUGAAAAUGAUGACAAGCAUUAUGCCAUGAAGGUACUUUCCAAAAAGAAGCUGAUGAAGCAGCAAGGAUUUCCACGUCGCCCCCCACCCCGGGGAUCGAAGCCCCCAUCUGGAGAGCAGCCCAAGGCUCCAGCACCCCUGGAGAGGGUCUACCAGGAGAUAGCCAUCCUGAAGAAACUUGACCACCCCAACAUUGUGAAGCUGGUGGAGGUUCUGGAUGACCCCUCUGAAGAUAAUCUUCACAUGGUGUUUGAGCUCAUGAGCAAAGGUCCUGUGAUGGAGGUGCCAACUGAUAACCCAUUCUCGGAGAAGCAGGCACAUUUCUACUUCAGAGAUAUCAUCUUGGGCAUUGAAUAUUUGCAUUACCAGAGGAUCAUCCACCGCGAUAUCAAACCGUCAAACCUGCUGCUGGGAGACAACGGCCACAUCAAAAUUGCCGACUUUGGAGUCAGCAACCAGUUUGAGGGGAACGAUGCCUUGCUGUCCAGCACAGCUGGGACCCCGGCAUUCAUGGCACCGGAGACGCUGUCCGAGACCAGGAAGAGCUUUCACGGGAAGGCAUUGGAUGUCUGGGCUAUUGGAGUAACAUUGUACUGCCUGGUCUUCGGUAAGUGUCCGUUCAUGGAUGACUACAUCCUGGCACUCCACACCAAAAUCAGAAACCGGCCUGUGGAGUUCCCUGAGAGACCGGAAAUCAGUGAGGAUCUGAAGAACCUGCUUCUCCAGAUGUUGGAUAAAAAUCCUGACACCAGAAUUACAAUUCCUCAGAUAAAGGUUCAUCCGUGGGUGACGAGAAAUGGGACCGAUCCUCUUCCACUGGAGGAGGAUCACUGCAGCGAGGUGGAAGUCACUGAGGAGGAGGUGAUGAACUCAGUCAAGUUAAUCUCCAGCCUCUCAACUGUGAUCCUGGUGAAGGCCAUGCUACGGAAGCGAUCCUUUGGAAACCCCUUUGAGUUCCAGAGCAGGAAGGAGGGAAGGUCCAUGUCGGCACCGGGAAACCUCCUGAUGGACAAGAGCUUGUUUCAGUAUUCCUCAAAAAGGCACUCUUCGUUAAGGAAGCAGGUGAGUGGGGAAGCGGGGAAGGACAGCGAGCUGCCGGAUGUGUGCGAGGAUGAGGCGAUCUCCUGAGAGCCCAGAGCUUGUGCAUGCUGCAUUCAGUCCGUCCCACGCUCGUAUUCGAAAUGUCUUCACUCCUCAUUCCCACGCGGCCUUCCAUGGACUAAAGCUUCCGAGAAACCCGAGAGAGGUUCUGACCAACCGGCAGAUGUGUACACGAGGACGAGGCGAGGAAGUAAAGUGAUCCCCGUUCUCGAAAGUGCCUCGCUGGACGAGAUGGCACCUCAUGGGGCGUGUCGCUGUGGGAGGUCAGUGUGUUCACCACCCGCCCUAUUUCGGCCCCCUGUGAACUGUCCUGUGAACUGCCUCCGGGCUGCAGAGUGAACCUCCCUCAUCAGCUCUCCUCUGCCGGACAGAUGCCCUGGAUUGGGACGAGCCUGCAGCUUCAGUACAGGUGACGGGUACCAGGAACCAACUUACACUGUCAGCUGCGUGUCACGUGGCCCUGUACUGGUGAGGUGCAGGCUGCUCCCUGUGAUCCUUUCAGGGUGAUGUGCAGUGACCAAGACUCUCCCCAAAGUCAGAGUUGAGUUUAUUGUCAGAUGCACGAGUCCAUGUGUGCACAGGUGCAAUGAAAAACUUACUUGCAGCAACAUCACAGGCACAGAGCAUCAGAGACACAACAUUCACAAGAAAAACAUAAAAUAAACUUAAAUUAUACAAGAAAGAACACAAUUGGAACAAAAAAACAAAGUCCAUUGUAGUGCAAAGUGGCCAUAGUGCUGCUGUACUGAGGCAGUGAUUAGGGUUGUGCAGGUUGGUUCAAGAACUGAAUGGUUGAAGGGAAGUAGCUGUUCCUGAACCUGGUGGUGUGGGACUUCAGGCUUCUGUACCUCCUGCCCGAUGGGAGCUGCGAGAAGAUGGCAUGGCCCGGAUGGUGGGGAUCUUUGACGGUGGAUGUUGCCUUCUUGAGGCAGUGCCUCCUGUGGAUACUACCGAUGGUGGGGAGGGAUGUGCCCAUGAUGUAUUGGCUAACACCCCCGACAUCUGUCCCCUGAAUUAAUUUUGUUAGUGACAUAAUUUAGCAAAUUGUCCAGCAGAUUAACGAAGCAGAUAAGUUAGCAUUAUCUUAACGAUUUGGCUGAUUUGGUGACUGAUUCCCAACUUGCUGGCAUGCUCGGGUUCCCGGCGGAGUUACAGAGACGUGGGAGUGGUGAUCCCAGCAGGUGUACUGGGGCCGGGCAGAGGACCAGAGGGUCAGUCAGAGUUCCUGGGCUCGAGGGAAGGGCCCUGGAGCACCGUGGGGGCCCGAGUGUAGGCAGGAGGAGAUGUGUCUGCUUGGUGUCAGGAGGCUGUGGCACCUUGCCCACUGGGUCACCAGACCAGAGAGACGCCUACUCUCCCUCCAGGGGUCUAUCAGGUGUGGGUGUUUAUUCCCUCACUGGCGAGGAAUGGGGUGGAGGAGCAUUCUGGCCCGUCACUCCUCACUUCUCUGGGGGAGCAGGCACGGUAGGGACACCUCCUGGAUCCCCAGGAAUCCAGAGGCAGAGGAGAAAGUCACAGGGGAGAGGAGGGGGGCAGUUUGUCUACAACAUCCAAGGGGAAUGAGGAGGCUGACCCUGUCACUGGAACUGCCCUGUGGCUAAAGGCCUGACCCCGUGUGUGCCUGUGGACUCCACCAGGGUCAGUGGAGGUCAGUGAGUGGAUCCCAACACUGAGACCAGAGCAUAACCCCACACCAUCGUGUCCUUGGGACCACACCGCCUGACAGGAACAGACAGACCAAAUGGAGGGAUCUCGCUCUGGCUGAGGUUCCCUGACAACUCUGUACAGUUCACUCUUGCUUCCUGAUCCUGAAUACAGUGUACUGUCUCACAGUGUCACACAGUUUACAGUCACACUGUAGAGUCGUAAGUGUGCAGUCACACUGUGAAGUCACACAGUUUGUAAUCAUACUGUACAGUCACAUUGUAGAGUUACACUGUUUACAGUCACAGCAUAAUCACACAGUUUACAGUCAUAUAGUGUAAUUACAUUGUUUGUAGGCACACAAUAUGGUCACACAGUUUACAGUGUCUUGGAGUUUACAGUCACACAGCAUUGUCACACAAUUGUCACACAAUUUAGAGUCACACUGUGUAACCACACGGUUUACAGUCACACAGUUUACAGUCACACUACAUAAUCACAUUAUUUAUAGUGUGUUCACAGCACGUUCACACAACUAACAGACACACAUUAUACUCACAUGGCUUACAACCGCACCGUAUUGUCUCCCAGUUUACAGUUGCCCAGCUUACAGUCAGACUGCAUUGUCACGUAGUUUAUAAGUUACAUUGCAUUGUCACAGUGCACAGUUACAGUGUAGUCACAGUUUAGAGUCACACAGAAUAAUCACAUAGUUCAUAGACAUACAGUGUAGUUUAACAGUGUACUGUUACACGGCAUUGCCUCAGAGUUGCCAGACACACAACAUCAGUCUACAGUCACACAGCAUUAUUAAACACUUUAUAGUCACACGGUCUAGAAUCACAGCAUUGUUUGACAGUUUACGGUUAUACAGUGACCUCACACAGUCACAUAAACAGUUAUACAAUAGCGUUUCGUUGCUCGGUCUGUAGGUACAUGACGUACAGUCACACAACCUACAACCACAGCAUUUGCAGUCAGUCAGCAUCAUGGUUACAGUCAUACAUGCAGAAACAGCCUCGCACCAGUUCAAGUCACAUAAGUUACAGCCAGGUAGCAUACAGUGACAGUUUUCAGUCACAUAUUUUACUAUCACUGUGCAGUCACCAUACAGUCACACAGUUAAUGGUUUACAGUUUACUGUCACACUUUACAAUACUGCAGCAUACAGUCACAGAGUUUGCAGUUACACAACUGUCAAACUACAAGUGCUACGGCCUACAGUCAAAUAGUUGAUAGAGUGCAGUCAGCAUUCACACUCACAUUGCAGAGAGCCACAGUAUGCGGUCACAGUUGGGGCAGCAGUAGGUGUGGAUAUAGUAGGCUGUAGGGCUUGUUUCUGUGCUGUAGACCCUCUAUCCCUAUGAGAGUACAGGCAAACAGUGUGCUGUCACACACACAGCAUCACACCCAUACAGUUAGAGUUCAAGUCACACAAGGUACAAUCACAGUUUACACUCCCAUUGCCACCAGUAUUUAAUAUUGGCCAUCUAAUUUUCAAUAUAUUAAACAGUUCCUGACAAAAUAUCUAGAAUGAUUUGUAGAAAUUAUCCUUAUCGUUCUGCGGAAUGCACAGUGGUGCAGCGGGUAGUGCAGGGACCAGGUUCAAUCCUGACCUCCGGUGCUUCCGGGGCACUUUGCCUGUGUAUGGAUUUCCGCAGGGUCGGCAGCCUUCUCCCCGUCCCUGAGAGAGUGGGACUGAAGGGAUUGGUGUGGUUUGGACCCAGUGCGUCGAGUAGCCUCCUUCUGCGCCAUAAUAAGUAAGGUGGGGUGAGAAAUAUUGAUUGUGGUUCUCACAUCUUGUUUACACAUGAAAGAGGCUCCCCACUGACUCCCGCCACACACCGAGCAGCCACUACUCAGAUACAGGACCAAGACAGAAGAGACUGCAGGUGCUGAAAUCUAGAACAAAAAAACAGAAUGCUGGAAGAACUCAGCGGGUCGAUCAGCAUCUGUGGAGGCAAAUGGUGAUUAAAGACAAAAGAGACCCAAAAACGUCAGCUUACACCUUUUGCCUCCACAGAUGCUGCUCGACCCGCUGAGUUCUUCCUGAGUUCUGUUGUUUUGACUCGGGUGUAGGAAGAGGCCAGUCAGCUGCCCAGAGUUCCUCCGUCCUUCCUGGGGCCCCUGGGUGAGAACGUGCUACAUUUUUCACCACCCUUUGAAGAAUGCUUUCUGAUUUCUCACCGUAGUAAAGUUCUGCUUGUGUGCUUGUUCUAAAUCCUCUAGUGCCAUUUCUGAGGGCCAGUCUCCCGAAUGGCUCCAAUCACCGAACCAUCGAUUCCUCAAUUGUAUAAUAUAAACAGAAAACACUCAACUGGUCAGGCAGCAUCUGUGGAGAGAUGACAGGUGAUAGUUUGGAUCUGUAGCGUUUGAGAUCUGAUGUAGGCCUGCAGACUCGAAAUGUUUUUUCCCACAGGUGCUGCCAAGAUUGACUGUAUAAAGCAAUGUUUUCAGAGCUUUGUGGUUGACUUUCCAGAGUGAGACACGCUGGUGUGAGUGGUGGGAAAUGUGACAGGCCCUGAGGCCUAGUGGCCAUGCAGGAGGGCAUCAAUCACCACUCCCUGCGGAACCUGGCGGGACCAGGUUAUCCCGGGAUCCUUUUCACCCCCUACAGGGAUCCGAGACCCUCAUCCACCGCCCCACGAUCUCCAGCCUGACUCUGAACUGGUGAUCAACAUAAACACCUCCAUGUCCAACUGAUCUAUGAAAUCUUACCUCCAGCCCCAACACUGGGCUCUGAACUCCUAACUCCAUUACUGGCUGGAUAUAAACAGUGAAGGGCAGAUAUUUUAGCAGCUUUGGGAAACAGAGGAAUCCAGGAGUGCAAGUCCAUAGCUCCCUGAAAAUGGCGACACAGGUAGUGAAAAAGGUGUUUAGGUUGCUUGCCUUCAGAGAUGGGGUAUUGUGUAUGAGUCAGGACAUUGCGGUGCAGCUGUACGGGACAUUGGUGAGGCCACACUUGGAGUAUUGCGUGCAGUGUGGUCACCGCUCUGUAGGAAGGAUGUGGUGGUGCCAGAGUACAGGAGGGAUUCACGAGGAUCUGGACUGGAAUGGAAGGCUUUAGUGACAAGGAGGCUGGGUUUGUCCUGACUGGAGUGCGGAGGCUGAGGGGUGACCUUUUGGAGGUUUAUAAAAUUAUGAGGGGCAUUGAUAGGAUGAAUGGUCACAGUCUGUUGUACUCCAGUCCUCUCGAAAUGAAUGGUAACAUUGCACUUGCCUUCCUUACUACCGACUCAACCUGCAAGUUAACCUUUAGGGAAUCCUGCACUAGGAUUCCCAAGUCCCUUUGUACCUCUGAUUUCUGAAUUCGCUCCCCGUUUAGAAAAUAGUCCACACCUUUAUUCCUUCUACCAAAGUGCAUGACCGUACACUUCCCUACGCUGAAUCCAUCUGCCACUUCUUUGCCCAUUCUCCCAAUCUGUCCAAGUCCUCCUGCAGACUCCCUGCUUCCUCAACAUUACCUGCCCCUCCACCUGUCUUUGUAUCAUCUGCAAACUUGGCCACAAAGCCAUCAAUUCCGUCAUCCAGAUCAUUAACAUAUAACAUGGAAAGUAGCAGACCCAACACCGACCCCUGUGGAACACCACUAGUCACCGGCAGCCAACCAGAAAAGGUCCCCUUUAUUCCCACUCUGCUUUCUGCCAGUCAGCCAAUCUUCUAUCCAUGCUGGUACCUUUCCUGUAACACCAUGGGCUCCUACCUUGUUUAGCAGCCUCAUUGCAGCACCUUGUCGCCAGGCUUUCCUCAGUCCGUGAACUGAAUUAAGGGAUGUGCUUGCUCACUAGAAAAAUCAGCUGCAUCCAGAGAAACCAUCAGGUGUAAUUCAUCUUUAAACUCCUUUGGGUUAGAGCUUUCAUUCUUUGCAGAUGAGGACUAAAUCAUACUUUCAGUUGGCAAAACUCCCCUCUGUCCGUCCCCUUUAAUUAAAGGCAGGGUCAAGUAACUAACUCUCACAGUGGCUGUGGGUACAGUCCAGCUUCACUUGCUGCCCUGGAUGGCAACACCAUGCAGCCCGGUGAGAGGUUUGGAGGUAAGAGUGGCCUUGUUGGUUAACGGCCCAGCAUGGGGUUAGGAGCUGCAGUUCUGAAUGUGACCGCGCGAGGAGAUGCGAGUGGUUGAGACACCUGAGCCGUGCAUGGGGAAAUGCAUUGCAGGUUGGAACCACUGCACUGCGGAGGUGCAGGCUGGGAAAUGGGCUUGGGUCUCCUUGUUCAUCGACAUGUUUCGAGAGGUCAGGAGGGGAACACGAGGAAGGCUAUUUCAAGGUGCUGUGGGUCACUCUGGAAGUUCCAGGUUUCAUGCUUGUGCCUGAUGUGAUCUCUGGCUAAUUGCCCUGUUUCUCUUCCAUGCCCGUUCUGCCGAGAGGUGUGGUGGGUUGGUACCCAGACCAGGAGCAACCAGAGUCCCAGCAUGACGGUCCCAUACUUCCACCACAGUGGAACGGGACUCCACCCUGUCCCAGCCUUUCACACCACCUGCCCUGGUACAACCCUGUCAGUCUGUCCCCUGCCCCUGCAACCAGGGCCCACCCACGGCCCAGUGCUUUCCCGAGGCCCCCACCUGACCACCUACCUGAUGACCACCUCAGUGUCCCACCACACCCUCAAUCACAGCGCUGGCCCCAGGCCUGCACUAGACCACAGCCUUUGGCCCCCUCUCCCCACCACCCCGUUCCAGCGGGCACUGUCUGUGGGCAGGCUGGGGGACUUGUACAUCACCGCCUCACACAUCUGGAGUACACAGCUGGCGAUGAGAGUUCCUGGGCUGCAGUCUCUGCCUUGGUUGCCCACAACCUCUAACUCGUUGUUGGUGGGCUGCGUCGUUGUACCUCCUCCAGCCCCUGGUGGCAUUGGCAGCCCAGCAGGUACCUGGUGGGAUUUGUCACUGUCGCCCAGCAGGCACUGCACGGAUCACCAACAGUCGUCCAUCUGAGAGUGCAGCCCCACAGUAACAUGCCUGGCCUUCCACGCAUGGCCCAUCCUUGUAUUGUACCCAGCAUGGCAACCGAGGUUAAAUGAUGCGUCUACGUCCUAUUGAAAUGCGGCACUGAAUGUCUCUUCUGGCAGUUAACCUCUCAGUGACCAGGUCGGUUUGUGUGGCUGAUGAGGCAUGUGUGCUGUUUAACUUCCAGCCCUCUGCCUUUGGUCAGCGGUGUUAAAUCACUGAAAAGUCUCCUGUGGCUUUUUAACUUUGAUGUAGUCAGAUUAUCACCGUGUCAUUGUUCCACUGCAUCUGGCUGGAAUGUAAAGCUCAGUGUUUGCUGUGUCUAAUGGGUGUUACAUGAAGUACACUGUUUCGACUAUAUCUUAUGCAUGGUGCAACUGAACUUAGUCUGGGGAGAGAUGCAAUUGUUACUCUGUAUAUAUGUAUUAAUAUAAAGAGCAUAUUUUUUGCAUGCUUUUCUAUUCUAGAGAUAAGUUAAAAAGGAUCUUCAGUAAGUUACUCAUAAUGAGCAAUGAUGGACUCAACUGAUUGGAUAACUGCAUAGAAAGCAAGAUUACUGUAAAUUUCAAGUUCAAUAAAACCUGCUAUAUCCCAGA